GCGUUAGGGAACGUUUUGGAAAUUGCGCGUUAUUGGCGUUUUCGCCAUUUGCGCUUUAAAAAAAAUCAUUAGGGACUUUUAUCUGUAAGGAUGGCGGGUGUGUAAUAGCAGCAUCUGAAAACGGGACCGAGAGGUGCUCUUGCAGUUUCGCUGUCAUAUGCUGCUACACGUGAAGUGUCGCAGUCUGAGCGAGAUCAGUCUCACAAGGACACAGGACGACUUUUGUGCGUGGUGUUGGGUUUGAAGUGGCAGCAGCCUUACCGCGCGGGCGACGACAAAACAGGUUCUGGGAUAAUGACAUGCGUAUGAGAGGGAAUCUUGAUGGAUUCUGUUGAACUUCUCCACAGCGUUAACCAUGCACGCUGUCCCUAGCAAAGAGAAAACUUCGGUAACCAUGGCAACUAGAACAUCCAGUGGGUUGCUUCAGCUAAAGAAACACAGAUGGACUGCUAAGGUGACCAUGGUGGAGGAUUAGAGACAUGGACUGAUGUUGAAAACAGUUGACAUGUCUUGGUGUAAUGCUAGCACGCUAGAAGGGUGUGACCUGCUCGAGCCAUUAGGGGCAGAGCUUCAGGAGGUUGAGCCCAGUCUCAUGCCUGCCGUGCUUAGGGUGGCACUGGCUGGCGUCAUGAUCUUCAUGAUCACAAUUGGUUUCUUCGGCAACGCCAUCGUGUGCCUGAUCGUCUACCAGAAGCCGGCGAUGCGCUCGGCUAUCAACCUGCUCCUCGCUACGCUGGCCUUCUCUGACAUCAUGCUUUCGUUGCUGUGCAUGCCCUUCACUGCCGUCACCGUGGCAACAGCGGACUGGAGUUUUGGCCCGGGCUUCUGCCGAGCCUCGGUCAUGCUCUAUUGGCUGUUUGUCUUGGAGGGUGUGUCCAUCCUGCUGAUCAUCAGCGUAGACCGUUUUCUCAUCAUCGUGCAGAGGCAGGACAAGCUCACCCCCCAUCGGGCCAAAGUUCUGAUUGCAGCAUCAUGGGUUCUGUCGUUCUGCGUGUCCCUCCCAUCCCUGGUGGGCUGGAGGACAGCCAGGGAGGUAGAGCGGACCCCCCAUUGCAUUCUGGGAUACAGCGACUCCCUGGCAGACCGGGGCUAUGCGGUACUGUUGGCAGUGGCCGUUUUCUUCGUGCCGUUUAGCGUCAUGCUGUACUCCUAUGUGUGCAUCCUGAACACGGUGCGGAGGAAUGCCCUGCGCAUCCACAAUGCUGCCGCCGAAGGUGGCGCCGGCCUCAACCAUGUCGGCAAGGUGGGGCUCGCGGGUCUGCAGCGCCCCCCGCAGGUCACCGUGGACAUGAGCUUCAAGACCAGGGCCUUCACCACCAUCCUCAUCCUCUUCGUGGGGUUUUCCGUGUGCUGGCUGCCCCACACGGUGGUCAGCCUGCUGGCCGUGUUCAGCCGCCGGUUCUGCUUCAGCCCGGCCUUUUACCCGGUGAGUGUGGGGACGCUGUGGCUGAGCUACCUGAAGGCAGUCUUCAACCCCAUCAUCUACUGCUGGAGGAUUCGCAAGUUUCGCCAGGCCUGUUUGGACUUCGUGCCCAAGACGUGCAGGUUCUGUCCUAAGGUUCCGGGCCGGAGCCGUAGGCGCAUAAGACCAAGCAAUAUUUAUGUGUGUAGCAGUGAGACCCAGUCUUCCGUUUAGGACUCGUGUGUUAAUAUACUUAGAUGUCAAGUUAAAGCCGUGAUACUGUGUUCAUCUGAAAGACACAGAUGCCAGUUGUUCUGUCCUUUAUACUUAAUUAUCAGGACAUUGUGUAGUCUGUGUAGUCUAAACAGUGAUUGUGAAUUUGAAAUCAGGAAAUCCUGACAAGCAACACACGUGAACAAAUAAAUCCAUCUGUUGUAGUUCAGUGAAAGGAUACACAAAACAUUCACAUCAUAUUUCGCCCAGUUCACCAAGACGACACGUGCAGAUAUUUCUAAUCCAGGGUCAUGCUUUCUGGUCAUUUCCUGUUAAGUAGCUCCAGGCAAAUACAGCUGUUGACUGUAAACUGUUAGCUAUUAGUGAACAGAAAACUACAAUUUUUUAAAAAUCACUUUUUGUCGGUAAUAUGGUGGCAUUGAACCCUGUGGUUAAGUGUAUGCGUACGGCACGUAAGCUGCACGUUCCCAGUAGUGCCGUUUUGUUUCCUUGCCUCAUCUGCUGCUCUUUUUUGCAACUCAUCUCAUUCUCUGGUUUAACUACUGGCCUAAGGAGACUUGUCAAGGAACUGAAAAUUUCCCUCGGAUGUCUUCUUUGGCAGGAGGCAUGACGGGUUUCUCAAGUGUAUUGUUAGCGGAACAAAACGGCAUCGUUGAACGACAUGCGUGUGUGAAGAUCGCGUCUAAAUGCCGCCCGGUUUCCGUACGGAGAACAUUUGCUCCUUCUUUCCUCACCCUUUCACUUGGAAACUCUGAGGUAAAUGACAAGGAGAUGAAAUGGGAAACUUUUGGGAUGCAUCCAAUAAAUCAGAUUUGAUUUCUAGUAAGCACACACUCUGUUUGCCAAAUAGGUAAGUUGCUCUGCAUAACGGUGUCUGCCAAAUUAUGGGAAUGCAAUGAAACACCUAGUAUUCCUUAAACGUUGCUGAAAAAGAACCUUCUAGUUACUGAAUGACUUUUUAAAGGUUAUUUGUUUGUGCAGCGUUAACGCAGUGGUUAAGGUAAAUUGCUUUUAAUUGGGAGGUUGUUGG